GGGGGGGGGUCCCCAGGCGGAGAGAGAGCAUGGUCUCCCCACCUUACCUAAAGCAUGGUGGGGUGGGGCUGCCCGAUUCCUGUCCUGGUGGAAGGGAAACAUGUGCUGGGGCUGCCAGGAACUUUCUAGUCAGCCUCUCCCAAGCCUGGUGUGUGCAGGAGAAGGAAGUCAGUCACCUCCGCCCCCAAGGACCCGGCAGGCCCUCCUCCUCCUGCUGCCCGGUGCCCGGGGCCAGGGCAGCACUCCCAGCGCCCACUGUGACUGUGUCCCCAACCAGAAGAGGAACGGUCUGGUCUGUUGCAGGGGCUGUCCAGCCGGUCACUACCUGAAGGCGCCCUGCACAAAGCCUUGCGGCGCUGCCACCUGCCUCCCGUGCCCCCAGGGCACCUUCCUGGCCUGGGAGAACCACCACGAGACCCGCUGUGCCCGCUGCCAGGCCUGUGAUGAGCAGGGUGAGGGGCUGCCUCAUGUUCAGUGAGGGACUCUUGAGGACAAGCCCCGGCCAGGGUCUUUCCGACGGAAGAGGCUGGCUUGUCCCACCCUGGGCUGGGAGGGCCCCGUGCCCACCAGGCAGGCCCUCUCCCCAGAUCUUGCCUGGGCUGCCUUUGUGGGCUCUCAUCCUGACGACCACCCUGUCCCUGGUCGCGCCCCAGCCUCUGGUCUGCUCUGUGGCGAUCCCCCCUCUUCUCUCACUUUGGGGGUGGCCUUGUCUCUGGUGUCCCCAUCUCCACUCCCCGGGGUUCCUGUCCUGCCUCUCUGUGGGGGUCUCUGGCUCUGACAGCCUCUGCUCCCUCGGUCUCCCCCGCCCCCCACCUCCAACCAGCCCCCCAGGUGGCCCUGAAGAACUGCUCGGCGGUGGCGGACACCCACUGCGGCUGCAGGCCAGGCUGGUUCAUGGAGUGCGUUGUCAGCCAGUGUCUCCUUGGCUCCCCCUUUCGCUGCCGCCGGUGCACAGACUGUGGGGCCCUGCACCGCCACACCCAGGAACCCUGUUCCAGCAAAGACGCCCACUGUGGGGCCUGCCUGCCUGGCUUCUACGAACAUGGCAACAGAGCACCCUUGGGAGCUGUCCUGAGCCCUGUGUGGCUGUCUGUGGCUGGAGGCACAUGUUCUGGGUCCAGGUGCUCCUGGCAGGCCUGGUGGCCCCACUCCUACUUGGCGCCACCCUGACCUACACAUACCGCCGCUGCCAGCCUUGCAAGGCCAUGGUUCCCGGUGAGGCUGGAGUGGAGGCCCUGACCCCCCUACAGGCCACGCAGCUCUCACCCCCAAACAGCACCCACACCCCUCUGGUGGCAGCCGGCAGUAGUGAGAAGGUCUGCACUGUCCAGCUGGUGGGCAGCAGCUGGUCCCCCGGCUCUCUCCAGACCCAGGAGCUGCCCAGCCCGGAAGUGACAUGGCCCUGGGACCAGCUGCCCAGCAGAGCUCUUGGCCCGCCGUCCCCGCCCUCACCAGCGCCCCCCGCAGGCUCGGCGGCCUCCACGCUCCAGCCCGGCCCGCAGCUCUACGACGUGAUGGACGCGGUGCCAGCGAGGCGCUGGAAGGAGUUCGUGCGGACGUUGGGGCUCCGCGAGGCGGAGAUCGAGGCGGUGGAGGUGGAGGUCGGCCGCUUCCGCGACCAACAGUACGAGAUGCUCAAGCGCUGGCGCCAGCAGCAGCCCGCCGGCCUGGCCGCCGUCUACGCGGCCCUGGAACGCAUGGGGCUGGAUGGCUGCGCCGAGGACCUGCGGAGCCGCCUGCAGCGUGGCCCGUGACGCUAGGGCCCACCCACUAGCUCGGGGCUCUGGUAGCCCUUGCAGAAGCCCUAAGUACGGUUACUUAUGCGUGUAGACAUUUAAUGUCACUUAUUAAGCCCCUGGCACGGCCCUGCGUAGCAGCGCCAGCCAGCCUCACCCCUGCGCGCCCCCAGGGUUCCAGCUAAGGCGAGGAAGCAUCAGCGUUGAGGCUCGGGAGGGCGUUGAGAUUGCUCAGCUGUUUCUCCGCCCGAGUUUGGCCAAGGCCUUGGUAUUAAAUCUACGAAGAAAA